GUCCCGUUUUUUAUUGGAUUGCCUGUAAUAGCGGAUCGGCGCAAGACGUAGUCAUGGGGGCUCUCGGGCAUGCUGGAUAGUGCCGUCCCAGGGCCAUGUAGCCCUGCUGAUGCCAGCAUCAGGACCCAGCCGCUGUUCGCAGUCCUGGCGAUCCAGCCGGUGCCGAUACGACGGGCUCCAUAAGCCGCCUUGGAUCGUCCCGCGCUCGAAAGGUCGGCUGCGUCCUGCUUGGUCUCUGAUCUCUCCUCCUCGGGCUCGUUCCGCCUGAUCGACGACACUCGCCCAGUCGCCAGGCCUCAAAUCAACAUCAACAUCAACAUCGUCAGCAGCAGCAUCAAAACACCCCGGCAGUCCCAUCGCAACCGCCACAUCACAGCCAUGCCCAGCUCCUCAACGGCGACCGGCUCAUCGCCUCGCAAGACCGAGACAACCAUCCGGCGCCUUGCCGAGAAGGUCUUCUGGAUAGCAGCAGCGCUCGUACUGGGAUACUACACCGAGCUACCGAAUGCGCUGCUCGAAUAUGGAUAUGGCUGGCCGAUCUACGUUUCCAUGCUGUGCCUCACUGGCAUCGGUGGCAUCUUUGCCUACCUUACCUUCUACCUCCCCUAUUUCACCCUCGACCGAACCCGGAUCAACCUGAGCAACUGGGAGAGGGAGGCCCCGAGGUCGAUCCAAACAGCAACGGUGCUGGGACUCACGUUGACCGUCUGUGUCAACGUCUGGCUCUGGCCAGCAUUUGGCAUCCUGACGCCCGUCAUUCUCUUUGUGGAAUUUCUGGGGUUUAUAUGCCUCCUCGCCAUGUUCUGAGACAAAUGGAUCCUGGCAGCAACAGGCUGCCGUAGCCAGUGCAGCGCCGGGUCAUAUCGGAUCAUAGAAGGCGGUCGUCAGACCUGGCGGCCGAGCAUGAUACUCCAAAGGGGCUGGGCCAUCUCGUUUGUGGCAAGGGCGGUCGCUCCAUUCCAUAUCGUGAAUAUACAUGGCGACCCUGUGGAGUCGGCACCACUUCUCAAUGUCA